AUGUCAAAACUAAAUAAUGCCCAAGCAACAACUAUAAUCAGACAAGAAAUAGAUAUUCCCAAUUUGACAUCUUAUUUAGCUUCAAGAAUUCCUGAAAUUAAGUUACCAAUAGAAACCCAACAAUUCAAAUUUGGUCAAAGCAACCCCACAUAUCUCCUAAUUGAUGCAAAUCAAAAACGAUAUGUACUACGAAAAAAACCACCAGGAAAACUAUUAUCAACUACUGCACAUGCUGUUGAACGUGAGUUUCAUAUUCUUGAUGCUUUAGGAAAGUAUACCGAUGUACCAGUGCCUAAGGUAAUGGAAUUUUUAAAUGGUAGGAUUUUUGAGGAUGUAAGACUUUUAUCACUUUCUCCAAAUGAAAGAAAGAAUUGUUGGUUUUCUUUGGUCAACACACUUGCUAAAUUACAUUCAGUUGAUUAUAAAGCAAUAGGACUAGAUGAUUAUGGAAAACAAGUUCGUUCACUACUCAAAGUAUCAAAAGCUCAAGCUGCUGUGGUAGAUGAAGAUGGAAAUGAAGUGGGUGCUCUUCCAGGACUUGAUGAAAUGAUCAAGUGGUUUAAAAAUAAUGAAAUUCCUGAUGAAGCAACAAUUUUACAUGGUGACUUUAAGGUUUUUCAUCCAACAGAAUCACGUGUUAUUGGAAUAUUAGAUUGGGAACUUUCUACAAUUGGUCACCCAUUAUCAGACUUAGCAAAUUUAUUGAUGCAGUUUUAUGCAUCUGAAAAUGCUGUAAAACCUUUAAUUGGAUUAAAGGAUGCACCUAAUUUACUUAUCCCUUCAGCAGAUGAAUUAAUAUAUGAAUAUUGUAUUAAAACAAAAAGAAAAUUUCCAAUACCAAACUUUGAGUAUGCCAUAGUGUUUUCAUUUUUUAGAUUGGCAGUAAUCACACAAGGUAUUGCUGCACGUAUUGCACAUAAACAAGCUAGUUCUAGUGAAGCACAAAAUUAUGCUAGAAUGUUUAAACCUAUAAGUUUAAUAGCACUGGAAAUUAUUGAAAAAAAUAAAUUAUUAAAAAGCAAAUUAUAA